AUGGAGGAGUUUCCAGUGAGGACGGUGGAGGGGCUGUGUCUAGGCACCAGCUUGGCUAUGUCAGGCCUCUUCUACUACAUCUACAGGAAAAAGAGGAAGACGGUGGACAAGCUCAAUGAUGCACCACAGUUGACUUUGGAUCGGAAACUGGCAGACCUUUUGAAUGCGACGCCGGGAAAGUGUCUGCAGUAUGUUGUCAUUGAAGGGGCAGUGCAGCCUCUGGGGGAGCCUCUGAGGAGUCUGUUCCAGGGGGGCAGUGUGGGGGUGGUGCAGAAACUCAUGCUGAGGGAACACAAGCUGGUGUGGAACAGCCUGUCUAACACCUGGACGGACAGUGAGCGUGUGCUGCACCAGAGGGUGAACGCGGUGCCCUUCAGCCUGGUGGGGUCAGACCAGGCCAACGUGAGGGUGCUGUGUCCCCUGGAGGCCUCGGGGCUGGAGAUGGAGAUCAUCCAUGAGAAGUUCCACCAGGCCAGCUACGGUUUUACUGACAUCAUCGGACAGUACCUCAGUGGAGAGAAGCCCAAAGGCCAGCUGAGACUGAGGAGAUGCUCAAGGUUGGCGCAACUCUGACUGGUGUAGGCGAGCUCAUCUUGGACACGGACCGGGUGCUGAAGCUCCGCCCGCCCACUGACGGCUCAGAGUACUUCCUCAGCUCGGCAGACUUUGAGUCCCUGCGGCUGGAGCAGGAGGGCCAGGCGGUGGUCUGGCAGGUCCUGGCCUCUGUGUUCGCCCUGGCAGGGGCCGCCGUCCUCUUCUGGGUGGGCCGCCGCUACUACCGCAGCCUGAGAGUCCGCUGGGACCAGGAACGGCUGAGGAGGGAGUUUGAGAGGUUGGGUGCUGGGGGGAUUGGGGCAGGGUCUACGUCUGGGGCUACACAAGAGGGGGCUGGGGAGCAGGUGACACCCCUGGAGAACGCCUGUGUGAUCUGCCUGACCCAGCCGCGUAGCUGUGUGCUGCUGGACUGUGGGCACGUGUGCUGCUGCUACAGCUGCUACCAGGCCUUGCCGCAGCCCACCUGCCCCAUAUGCCGGCAGGCCAUCAAGAGGGUGGUCCCCGUCUACCAGGCCUGA